CUCAAUUCUUUGAUCUUCUGUUGUUAUAAGUUUUAGGGGACAAAAUGGAAAGAGUGUGAUGAAAUUUAACUAGCAAGAUUACCAUUUUGAGAUCUCUGAUGCUUAGUGCAAUGAAUUAUGCUGGUUGGAAAGUUUGAAAAAUUUCAAGGACUGUUUUAUGCUUGCUAUCCAGCAACUCUUAACUGUUGUUUUUUCUGAAAUCUUGUAGUUGGAAACUCUGAAAAAUAAAAUUUAACAUUAAGAACUAAUUAUAAUUUCAUCGCAGUCGUUCCAUUUUUUGGCUAAUCCAUUUUGUAGCAGAAUUAGUCUCUUCCAGUCGUUUGGUCAGUAGUUAUUUGAUAGGUGAGAGUGUGUAUCUCUCACCUUAGACAGGUUACACUCAGGGUAUAAAGCUCAGGGUGAAAAAUUUUUUAAGGGUAUAAAAUUCUUGUACACUGGGUGUUUUGUUUGAACUUGGCGUUACAUCUUUGCUGACCUUGGCCGCCAUCUUGUCUUUGAACCUCUGAAAAUCUUCUGAUAGCCUUUGAACUUGAUCUCUUAGUUCAUCGUUCUCCUUUUUCAAUGAUUUUACAUUCUCUCCCAUUUUGGUGAGAUUUUUAACAAUUUUAAUUGAUUUGACUGCAGAUUUGAUAGACUAGCCCGCCUAGACUAGCAUAGCUAUUUGCGGGCCAGUCCAACUGUAAAAUGUAGAUUUUAUUAAGAAAUAAAAUAAUGAUAAUGAUAAUGAUAAUAAAGCCAAUAGGGGAAUGUCUGGUAUGUAAGACCUCCGCAUUCUCUUAUUCAUCACGUUUGCUUUCGAAAGGGCGUGGUGCUUACUAACUCACGAAAAAAAAUGUGGACUGUUUUGCAGUCCCGUCGAACUUUGAUAGUGGAGAUAGCUGACUUGUGUGGCAUUGAGAUUCAGCGGUUCAAACCAUCUUUUAAUGUUAUGUCUUGCCGAGAUUCGUCGAAAUUCAUCCAGUUGAGUCGUCUCUAGGUGGUAGACCGGUUUAUCUACCGAUCUCUACUCGUUCUUUCAUACUGUAAUGAGCUCAGAAAGCUUGAGAACACGAUGCAUCUAUCCAUUCGCGCCCGACGUUACUAAUCGAACCAAAUCGAACUCAGUCGAACUUAAUCGAACGCAAUCACGCGAUUGGGUUCGAUUGAGUUCGGUAUUCGAAUACAAUCGAACUCUCACAAAAAAAAAAAAUUGAUCAAUCGAACGCAAUCGAACGUUCGAGUGAGUUGGAUUGGGCUCGAUCAAGUUCGAUUAGUACGAUUGGGUUCGAUUAGGUUCGAUUUGAGGAUGGAUGUUGAUUGAAAAACAACGGUCGUAAAAUUCACGGUCUAUUACAUUCGGCUGGAAAUGGGGGUAUGUGGUAUGCGAAUAACGGGUGAAUACGAGGGUGUUUAGCCCAGAACAACGAAUAAAUACGGAAAGGAAAUUGCUUUUGUCAAUCUUAUUACUGUUAGAAAAGCUCACAAGUUGUCCGGCCGGCUGCCAUUCCUUAGUCGCUUAUUUCUUCGGUUUCUUUCAACGUGUUCUGUAUUCCAAUUUGAUUUAAGGUUAUCGAUGAGUUUAACUUUACGUUUCGGUUUUUUUGUUUUACGAUUUUACAGACAGUUUAUUCUUUCAAUGUAUUUUCCAUUCCAAAAGUCUAUACAUCAAUAAAAAUAUUACUAGUUAAUUAUUCAUUUGUAACUCUUACUUGGACAGACUGUUCAAUUAUCGGUUGUAUUAGGGUAAAUUUAAGAUUUUUCUAUUGUGUUCGAUUAAGUUCGAUUCAGUUCGAUUAGUUCGGAAAUCGAACGCAAUCGAACUCUCUUACACAAAUUUUUGGAUUCGAUUUUGUUCCAUUAUCGAACUAAUCGAACCCAAUCGUUCGAUUUAUUUCGAUUGAGUUCGAUUGAGUCCUACUUCCGAACGGUUAGAUUAGUAACGUCAGAAUUCACGCAGACGUCUCCUAUGUUUCUUCACGAUCAGGGUUGUGAAGAGACAAUAUAUGUAAUACUGCGCCUGCACAGCACGUGUUGACAAGUCACAGAAACUAUUAGAUUGCGUGCAACGGGAGGUGAUCUAGUGUCAAAUAUCAGCUCGUUGUUGCGUUGGUGAGCAAGCGAUGGCUGUCUCUGUAGUCUCUGUAUCGCAGAGCCUUCUUAACUCUUAUGACAUCAGGACAAGUGUGGUACUGGAACGCAUGUUUGUGUCACGAUUUAGUGAUACACAGCGGCCAGUCAUUGUAACUGCAGUGAGGAAAGAAAGCCGAAACCUUGGAUUUUCUGUUAUCAUCGACGUGAGGAAAUCGGCAGCGAAACGAAAAUACCUCGAGAACAUUGUUGAGGCCAUGGUUUGCUUUCAGGAAAGUAUUCCUGGUGGUGUACACAUGGUAUACGUGUUAUCUAAGAAGGACUCACCUCUUGUUUUAUUCAGCGGAUCUAAGGUCAAAGAACAACUUAACUUUGAGUUCAAGCUCAUAACAACAGUGGACGAACUUAAGUCUUACAUUGACCGCACACAGCUGACACCUGAGUUUGGUGGAGUCUUUAAUUAUGAUCAUGACGAGUGGAUCAGAUUUAGAAUAAAACUGGAGCCGUUCAUGACUGGAUGUAGGAGCGCCGCCAAACUCGCCAUGGGCGUGAUGCAACAGUUUACGAGCAGCAAACUUGGAGAAACCAUCCAGGAAUGUAAAAACCUCCUGGAGCAACAUCAUCAGAAAAUCAAGGAUGUGUUUGAAGACAGUAGAUUAUCAGCUUUACAAGUUGAGGGAGAGCAAAUAUUGAUUAGAUUACAGGAAGAUGAGGCGGCGUUACCUAAAGUGCCCGACUACAUCGAAACUGUGAAUUGCGUGACAAAACUGUACCAUCAAAUGAAUGAAGUGUUUUGUAAACUGGAGUUGCUCACAGAGAACAGAACAAGGAAAUUAGAACAGUGCCUUGCCUUGAAGGAGUUUGAAAAAGACUUGGACGAGGUCGUCAACUGGAUAUCGACGAAAGGAGAACAGUUCUUAGACAAACACACUGAGAUUGGAGAUUCCAUUGGUCAUGUCAAGACGCUUCAAGAGGACUUCGAAGACUUUGAAAACAAAGCCAAGUGCUACUGCGAUCGAGUGGAAAAUCUCCUUGAGGAAGGAAGCAGUAUGGUUCAAGGAGGCCACUACGAAGGAAUUGGAAUUAAAGAAAGAAAAAGAGCCUUGGAGGAGAUGUACAGAAAGUUUUGUAGAAAGCUUGAACACAGAAGACAGCAGCUCAGUUCCUGCAUGGAGUUUUACCAAAUGAUUGAGCAGGCCUCAGACUGGUCCAUGAGGACAUUAACAAAGCUGGCCACAAUGAACAUGGAAGAGAUCCUUUAUUUAGAAGGCGUCACUGCAUUAACACGCGGAUUGGAGAAGCAUCUACAAGAGACUCCUGUGUGGAGCGAGAGUCGACUCAACCGGAUAUCUGAACUGGCUACAAACUUGGCAAGCACGAAACUAGUGAAGGAAGCCGAGAAUAUACUUACACGCUACAAAGAGAUCUUAGAUAUGUUACAAAAGCGACAAGAAACACUAAACAGAGCCCAGGAAAGGCUUUCGGGUCACCCUUCAAGCGAGGUCAGCAGUACUACUACUGGAGGCAGUGACGAGUCCACCACUUCCAGUCCUGGCCGAGGGGAAGACGAGGGCGAGGAUGAGGGGGACUUACUGGUUGAAAGCGAGGACGAAAUAGACAAACCGAUCACACACGUGGAGGGGGUGACACCUGGACGGCGGAGGACUUCAUCAUCUCCCACAUCUGCAGCCUUGUAUUCAUGGAAGGAAACUGAAAUGCCAGUUAUUGAGGAAAUUCCAGUGCUAAAUCCCCGAAUAGAAGAGAAAUUGAAGUAUAUAUUUCAAGAGAUGAUUGAUACGGAGAGGGACUAUGUAAAAUCACUUCAGUAUAUUAUGGAUAAUUACAUCGUAGAGAUGGAUAAUCCAGAGUUACUGCCAUCACUAAAGGGCAAGAAGAACAUUCUGUUUGGAAAUAUAGAGAGGAUUCACGAUUUCCAUAAAAGGUAUUUCCUGCAAGAAUUAGAAGCGUGCAAGGACCGAAUCUUAGACAUCGGAAGUUGUUUUUUGAAAUGGGAACGUCAGUUCUACUUGUAUGCUUUGUAUAACAAGAACAAGCCCCGCUCAGACCAGCUUCUUGCUGAUCAUGGCAAUGUAUACUUCAGGGCGCGUCAGAAAGAACUUGGAGACAAACUUGAUCUUGGAAGUUUUCUCAUUAAACCAGUUCAAAGGAUGGGAAAGUAUGGACUUCUAUUACGCGACAUGAUCAAAGCAUUAAAUACGGGACAUCCGAAAAUCACGGAGCUCAAGGCUGCGGAAGAAAUGGUGAAAUACCAGCUAAGGCACGGUAACGACUUGCUUGCCUGGGAUUCGCUCAGAGGCUGUGACAUGAAUCUUAAAGAACAGGGUCGCCUGUUGCGCCAAGACAACUUCACGGUAUGGACUGGGAAAAAGAAGCACCAGCGGCGAGUGUUCUUACAAGAUGACCUUGUGAUAUUCAGUAAAGUCAGGAAGCAGCCAGGAGGAGUGGACCUGUAUUACUACAAGAACUCACUCAAGACAACUGAUCUCGGUCUUACAGAGAACAUUGGUGACAGCGGGCUCAAGUUUGAACUGUGGUUCAGAAGAAGGAAGCCAGAGGACACUUUUGUUCUACAGGCGCAGUCUCUUGAAGUGAAGACGGCUUGGGUGACAGAGAUUACAAGGUUACUAUGGAAACAAGCUAUGCGAAAUAGAGAGUAUGGUUUAACGGAAGCAUCAACAGGUAUCAGUGUGGGAAGUCAGCCGCCUCUUGUUAUCCCAAGUACACAACCAGGUGAUACGUCACCAUACCAACCGAUAGUAAACUCUGUCAAUGUCCCUCUAAUGAGGACCCAGUCUACACCGUCCAACAGCUCCAGUCCUCGCUCAACCAAGAAGCGGUUAUCACUCGUCAGUUCAGAAACUGCCUCAAGUGUUGACUCUUCAGGUAGCAGCGGUGUGUACGAUCUUAAUCUUCAAUCAACAGACGAGGAUGUUUCAGCACGAAGCUGUAUUUCAACACCACUCGAAGAAAAACUGUCUAAAUCCAACGUGAAACGUAACAAGGUGCGGAAAAUCUCUUUAGAACGAACACCAAUGGUACGUGCUAAUAGUAAGGAAAAUCUCUCUAAAAGGAGGAGUAGUGCCGAGGAAACGCCAGCUUCCAGUCACGGAAAAGAUAUAGUCGCUGCGUCAGAGGAGGACAAGAAAAGAAAUGUUAUUUUCAAACCCUUCUCGCCUCCCGACAAAUUGUCGGAAAGAGGGAGAUCAAAGAGUACUGAGGACACUUUUAGUGAAACACCGGUAAGACGGAGACCAAUCAAAGAUAAAGACAUUAUUAACACUGUGCCUCGGAGGCGAUCACUUAUCGAAAGGAUAUCGAUUAGAUCUCACUUGGACAAUACCUUUAAAAGACGUAACUCGUUGGAAAUGCCUCAUUCAAGAAAUGGAAAGAGUAAUGAUGAAGCUGAGGAGGAAAAGCAGACCAGAAAAGGUCAAAUUACAGAGGUCUGACAAGAUCGGUGAGCUGGCCCUAGCUUAGUCAACUGGUAUAGAACAAGCUUAAUCAGUCGCAGGGAAGAUGCUUCUGCCGAACUGAGCUUUUCAUAGCGAUAUUUACAUUAUAAUUAAUGAAUUUGUAAUCAAGCUCACGAGUGCAGCUCUCCACUGCUAGUAUUUUAAGAUCUUGCAUUGAAAUAUUUAGUGUUUUACAGUAAAUUUAAUUGAAGCCGAUAAUAAAAUGGACGCGAAGUGUAUAAAAUAGAAUUAUUGAAGUUUCUUGAAGUUAUGUCAAAACUGUAACAAUUUCAAAUUAUUCGAACAAAUAUGCGUCAUUGUCUAAUUACAUUGUCUUAUACUGUGAAUAUGAAUAUAUUGGGCUGGACUAUUGAGUCCAUAUGUUAUUUUAUAAGAAAAUUGUUUAUACGAUAUAGACUCUAAUUGUAUAUUUGACAUAUUAUUAAACAAUUUUUAGUUAUCGGGAUGCUGAAUAUUAAAUUAACUUAUUUUACUUUCGGCUUGAUUAAAUAAAUUGGAAAAUGUGUUGGGGUUUCAAGAAAUCAGCAAUGUAUCAGUAUGCAGCUUGUUCACAUUUGCUGUAACUAAAAUGGUGUUCUCAGACGGGAACAUUCCGAUUUGUAUCUUUGAACGUUGUUUUCACCAACUGAACAUGUUUUAUCAAAACAGGGUUUCUGACUAGGUACCUAUGAAGUAAGCAGGUUACAGCGUUUGGUCUGCGAUGGUUAAAAAGAUGUAGAAAAUGCCGUGAAAGUAAAGCUCGUUUUCUUAACUAGAAAGGAAGAAUAUCUUUAAAAAGUACGACGACAUAACCUUCUAAAAAAUUGCUACGGUGACCUUUUUAUUGCAAUUUACCUUUUCAUAGUCUAGUUAACUUCAAUAUCAGUAUUUUCAAUAGACGUGUCGGCCCGAGGGCUUUAACUAGUGUAUAGUCUACAGAACAACACAAGCGCAUUCCGCACUCUGGUCCGCUUAACUGCCUGCUCUCCUGGCUUCUGGUAUAAAGUCGUGGAAUGUUUUCUAAAUUUUUAAAUUUUCCAGUGAUGAAAUUGGAUCUAUAGUUUAUUUUCAUUUACAGAUCUAUAUAUGUCUUAGAAUAAUGCCUAGCCACUUUCAAAGCGGAUGAUACGUACAGCUGAAAAAUGUUGAUGUUAUGCUCUGAAUGCUUCCAGUGUUGAUAGACUCGAUCACUAAGCUUUGGGUGCUUUGUAAAUGUAUACUUUAUUGCCCCCUAGCCUAAAUUUAGCUGUAUCAGUCAAAUGAUUAAACAGCUCAUAAGAAAUAAAGAUUACUUACGAAAUGGCCUGUUUACUUA